ACUGAGCAUUGUGAACGUCAACUUUCCCAAAGUAAACAAGAACUUUGCAACAUUUUCCCAUUCUAAUUUCCAAUAUCUCCCCUAGUACUGCGCCCAGGUGUAAUUGCCCCAACAAGUCUCUUCCGAUAUCAUGGCCAAUGGACUUGAUGUCCAGAAGCUGGACUCCGUAUUCAAGUCGCGACCAGAUAUUCUACAAGAUAUUCACAAGGCUGCCGAUUCUCCGUCGCAAAUCCAAUUAUUUAACAAGAUUGCAAAUUUCAUUUAUGAUCAAAUAGGAGACCACACAGCUGGUUCGUCCUUAAAGCGACGCCGCGUCGAUAUAGAGCCUUCCCAAGAUGGGAAUCCACCUCAAGUUACGGAGACCAGUACAGUCGAAGACGUGUCCAAUGAGAAUAUUCUGCUGGAGAUAAAAGAUAUAUCCGUAUCUAUCCCCCAGCGUAAAAAGUUUGAAUUAUGCUUUACUCCCAAACACAUAUACGCCCGGAUUCCUGGUGCUACCGCGGCGCCCGCGCCUGGAAUUGUAUAUGCGUGGAAAGAUAUUGCGUAUGCUUUUUACCUUCCAGUACCCGAGAAAUCCCAGAUUCAGCACAACUACGUCUUAUUUCCACGAAACGCCCUCUCCUUCUCUAAAUCAGGCACGCCGACCCAAGAUCCGUUGCUCUUCACCGUAUCAGCCGGUGCGCCGAAACCAGGCACAAUUGGUGGCCCCAAUGCUGGCGCAGCUUCUGCCGUCUCAGACUCGUAUACCACCCUGUUUAACUGGGCUCUGAAUAAGUGUCUUCAGGCGGCUGGAAAUAAUGUGCAAAUAGUUGCUGCCAAUCCUGCGAAAUUCCACAGUAAAGUUCGGCAACCACACCGCCCAAAGGAGCCAGCAGUCUAUGUUAAGGCAUUCAGGGGCUCAAAGGACGGAUACUUAUUCUUUCUAGAAAACGGAAUCUUAUGGGGUUUCAAGAAGCCGCUACUAUUUAUACCACUAGAUAAAAUUGCGGCCAUCAGCUACACAAGUGUAUUGCAGCGUACAUUCAACAUGGUAGUCGAGGUGUUCACGGGCGAAAAUGGGGACAACGAAACGACCGAGGAGAUCGAGUUUUCUAUGCUAGACCAGGAAGAUUAUGGAGGCAUCAACCAAGACUACGUCAUGCGCCACAGGCUACAGGAUCGAAGCAUGGCCGAUCAACGCAAGGCGAAGAGGGAAUUGGCAGAGAACGCCAAGGGAAAGAAAGAUGCCGAAGGGGAAGGGGAAGGGGAAGAUGCCAGUGCACAGGCCGGAGAAGACGGCAUGACGGAACUUGAAAGGGCACAGAUGGAAGCCGAACAACAACUGCAGGAUGAAGAAGACGAAGAUGAGGAAGAUUAUGACCCUGGGUCUGAAGGUGAGAGUGAGGGUUCAGGGACGAGUUCCGAAGAGGAUGAUGACGAGGAGGACGAAGAGGACGACGACGACGCAGAAGAGGACGACGAGAUGGAGGACGACGGAAAUAAAGGGGAGGAGGAGAAAUGAAUUUAUACAUAAUGGUAAUGGCGAUAUACCGGAGCCUGUUGUUUCGGUGAGACUUGGGUAUAGAUGAGCUCAGAAAUGCGAUGUCUUCGACCUCUGAGAACCUCGCGUCUUGGUGGCUAUAGCGUGGAUUAACUAUCGGCAAAUCUAUUCGGGAUUAGCUUAUUAACCCGAUCUACACAAACUACUUCCAACGAGCCCUAUUAAAUCCCUGCCGGAUCGAGAGCAUCCCGUGGGCCUAUUCUCAUUGCUAUAUCACAAUACGAGAGACAGGCUGAUUAUAAUAUAGUAUAAUAGGUACAUA